AUGCCUGGCCGUACCCUUCCGACCAUUCCGACUGCAGAGGUGCGCGCGCACAACACGGAAAAGUCGUGCUAUGUCACCAUUGGCACAAAAGUAUACGAUGUUACCGACUUCCUCGACGGCCACCCCGGUGGUCCCGAGUUCAUUCUGGAAUAUGCAGGCAAGGAUGUCGAGGCUGUUUUGAAGGACGAGAUUUCGCACGCACACUCCGACUCCGCAUACGAGAUUCUCGAGGAGAACCUCGUGGGCUUUAUGGCUACGGAGCCGGUUAUAAACGGCGCUGUCAAAAGCUCCAAGCCCGGCGACAUCGUCCCCUUGCCUCCUUCGCAGGCUGGCACCGCAGAGCUGAAGAGCAUGACGCAGAACGGCAAGCCACUCUAUGCCGCCACUGGCAUGUCUUCCGAGGAAGACCUGUCGCGAGAGACGGACCCGAACCAGGACUACAAGGAGCACAAGUUUUUGGACCUGAACAGGCCGCUUCUGAUGCAGGUCUGGAAUGGCGGGUUUAGCAAGAACUUUUACCUCGAGCAAGUCCAUCGCCCGCGACACUACAAGGGCGGUGAUUCUGCCCCGCUGUUUGGCAACUUCCUGGAGCCCUUGAGCAAGACCCCCUGGUGGGUUGUGCCUACGAUAUGGUGGCCCUGCGUCGCAUACGGAACGACGGUAGCCUUUGGCGGCCUGCAAUCCGUGCCCGCGCUGGCUGGUUACUGGACCUUUGGCCUGUGUUUCUGGACCAUUGUAGAGUACGUUCUGCAUAGAGGUCUAUUCCAUCUGGACGACCACCUGCCAGACAACCGUGCCGCACUUACCCUCCACUUCCUGCUUCACGGCAUCCACCACUAUCUCCCCAUGGACAGGUAUCGCCUCGUCAUGCCACCAACGCUAUUUGUCGUUCUCGCGGCACCAUUCUGGAAGUUUGCUCAUUUUGUCAUCUUCUGGAACUGGCAUGGUGCCCUGGCUACCUACUGCGGUGGCAUUUUUGGAUACACGUGCUAUGACAUGACGCAUUACUUCCUCCACCAUCAAAAGCUGCCUCCGUACUACCAGCAACUCAAAAAGUACCAUCUCAAGCACCAUUUUGCCGACUACCAGAAUGGCUUCGGUGUGACGAGCCGCUUCUGGGACUGGGUCUUCGGCACCGAGCUCGAGAUGGGACCUGCCAAGGUUAUCAAGACGACUUGA